UCACAAUAAAAUUCUUAACUUUUUUUUCUACAUUCCAUGUGAUGUUGUAUUUGACAAUCUGUUCAUUAGGAUGGGGACCAUUUCACAAAACUCCAGAAACCAACUCAUUUUGGUCACAUAAAUAAUUAUAAGAUCUUAUAGAUAGAUAUUAGUUAAUUCAUAUUUAUUUCCUCCCUCUCAUGCAUCUCUAAAAUAUAAUAUAAAAUAAUGAUUGGGGGUUGAAGCCUUGAGUGGUCCUUGUGUUUCAUACCAUCCCAACAACUCAAAACAACCUUCAUCAAACAAUUCAAAAAGCAUCAUUAAAUUAGCUUAAAAGGCAAAGUGAUUUUUCUUUGGUAUGCUAUGAAUUCAAUGACAUGUGAUAAUAUUCAUUCUCAUCAUUGAAGAGGAAUUGAGUGAGAAAAAAAAAUGGGUUCUGUUGGAGGUGAAGAGGCAAUGGAAGAGGCUACAAAAAAUCAUGAAGAAAGAAUUCAAGUUUCGGUUCGAAUUCGUCCUUUAAAUGAUAAGGAAAUUGCAAGAAAUGAUGUAUCUGAUUGGGAAUGUAUCAAUGAUACUACCAUUAUAUACAGGAAUAACAUUUCAGCUUCUGAAAGAUCUCUCUAUCCAACAGCAUAUUCAUUUGACAGAGUAUUUAGAUCAGAUUGCUCCACAAGGCAGGUGUACCAAGAAGCAGCUAAGGAAGUUGCUCUUUCUGUUGUUAGUGGAAUCAAUUCAAGCAUUUUUGCAUAUGGACAAACAAGCAGCGGAAAAACUUACACCAUGAGCGGUAUAACUGAUUGUACUGUAGCAGACAUUUUUAACUACAUGGGAAAGCACAUGGAGAGAGAAUUCAUUUUGAAGUUUUCGGCAAUUGAGAUUUACAACGAAUCUGUUAGGGAUCUGCUUAGUGCAGAUUAUACUCCUCUUAGACUUCUUGAUGAUCCUGAGAGAGGGACAGUUGUUGAGAAGCUUACUGAGGAAACUAUUAGAGAUUGGAACCAUUUUACAGAACUCAUUUCUUUCUGUGAAACUCAAAGGCAGAUAGGAGAGACAUCACUGAAUGAAGCAAGCUCUAGAUCUCAUCAGAUUCUUAGACUGACAGUUGAAAGUUCAGCGCGCGAAUUUCUUGGAAAUGACAAGUGCAGCUCUCUUUCUGCUUCAGUGAAUUUUGUUGAUCUAGCUGGAAGUGAAAGGGCAUCCCAAACCAAUUCAGCCGGGGUAAGGUUGAAAGAAGGUUGCCAUAUAAAUCGUAGUUUAUUAACUCUAGGAACUGUUAUCCGCAAACUCAGCAAGGGAAGAAAUGGACAUAUUCCUUUCAGAGAUUCAAAGCUAACGCGCAUAUUGCAAUCAUCAUUAGGAGGCAAUGCUAGAACUGCAAUCAUCUGCACCAUGAGCCCUGCGCGGAGCCAUGUUGAACAAACCCGAAACACUCUCUUCUUUGCAAGUUGUGCUAAAGAAGUUGAAACUAAUGCACAAGUCAAUGUAGUGGUAUCUGAUAAAGCACUAGUCAAGCAAUUACAAAAGGAGGUGGCUAAACUCGAAAGUGAAUUGAGAAAUUCAGGACCAGCACGCCCUAAUAGUUCUGAUUCUACAGCAUUAUUGAGAGAGAAAGACCAAGAAAUUGAGAUGUUAAAGAAAGAGGUGAAGGAGCUAACCUUGCAGCGCGACCUUGCACAAGUUCAAAUCAAGGACAUGCUCCAAGAGGCUGGAAAUAACAUGUCUAGUUUAAUAGGAGUGGAGAGUUUAGGUCCUCGGUAUCCCAAAUUACGCGUGACAAAUAAUUGGAACUUCGAAACUCGAAGAGAGGAACCAAAUGUAUUAAGUAUUGACUGUGAAGAAAGUGUUAGGUCCUUUGAUGCAUCUCAAUAUUCAGAUGGACAUAGUAUUAGUUCUGAUGAUAAUUUGUUCCAACUCCCUGACCUUGAAAAGGAUCUCAUGGUUAGAAAUUCUUCACCAAGGCUUACAAUUACAAGCAUUGAUGCUGCACAGAAUGAUUUGGAUCAGCAGAACAUUGAAGAUCAAGAUGAACAGGAUUAUUGUAAAGAAGUUAGGUGCAUUGAGUUAGAAGAGCCUAUCACAAAUCAACAUACACACACAAACUCAAAAUAUUUAAGAUCAAAUACAUAUAGUGAUUCUAGUGCAUCAUCUCCUCGCGCAAAGACAGAUUUGCCAGGACUGAUUGUAGUUGAUGAUGUGAACAAAAACGAUACGGAUUUUUGUUCAUCUGGUUUAAAGGAAGACAAAAGAGUGAACCAUUUGCGUGAAUAUUUUGCUCUUCCGACUCCCGAAAGUAGUACUCCUUGGCUGACAGAAAAUAAUAGAAUUAGUUCUAGUUCUAGUUCUAGACCAUCGAGGUUGAGCUUGAGCCGAAGUAGAAGUUGUAAAGCUAGUCUCAUGAAGAAUUUACCUUCUGAUUGGUUUGAAGAUGAUGAGGAAAUUCAGAAUACACCUCCAGUAGGGAAUGAAAAAGACUUUGCUGGAAGACCUGAGGGAUUUCUGAAGAAGGUUCAUACACUAAAUUAUAAUGCAAAUGCUGAGAGGAAUUCUAUGGAAAGUUCUGCUGCUGAUGAAAGUGGGACCAAUGGUCUUUUAACUCCAAAAAGAAAGGAAACAGAAAAUCUUAAGAGAUUGAAUUUACUGGCUGACCAUGAGGUUCCUGGGAUAGAAUUGGAUGCCAUUAUGUCUGCAAAGAAUGUAAAAGAUAUUGGUUUGGACCCAAUGCAAGCUGAUGGAGAAAAUCAUUCAGAGUGGCCAUUGAAAUUUAAGAGGCUUCAAAAGGAGAUUAUUGAACUAUGGGAUGCUUGUAAUGUUUCAUUGGUUCAUAGGACUUACUUUUUCCUUCUCUUCAAAGGAGAUCCAUUAGAUUCUAUUUAUUUGGAGGUAGAGCACAGAAGGCUAUUAUAUCUUAAGCAAACUUUUUCACAAGGCAAUAAAACUCUACAAGAUGGAAGAACCCUUACCCCUGAAACAAGCAUGAGAUAUCUAAGAAGAGAGAGGCAGAUGUUGUGCAAGCAAAUGCAGAAAAAGCUAUCAAAAUAUGAUAGAGAGGACUUAUACAUGAAAUGGAGCAUUCACUUGAGUUCAAAACAUAGGAGGUUACAGUUAGCACAUCAUCUAUGGACUGACACAAACAACAUUGAUCACAUUAGAGAGAGUGCAGCAGUUGUUGCCAAACUGGUUGGUCCAGUAGAGCCAGAACAAGCUCUUAAGGAAAUGUUUGGGCUCAAUUUUGCUCCAAGGUCCACAAGUAGGAAAUCUUUUAGUUGGUCUUUCACAAACAGUAUGAGGCAGAUUUUGUGAGUUUGGAGUUUGAAUUACUUUUAGGUAGUUUGUUAUGACCAUGUUAUAAUUCUUAUAUAUUGUGAUUUUUUUGUGUAUGUUUCUAACUUUGAUUUGUAUUUAUUGUAAAUGUGUUAUUGUAAGGUUAUAAGUUUAUUCAUAUACUUUAGACUCUCCAAGUAUGGUUACAUUAUAUAUGGUUGGUACCUGGAUUAUUUAGAA